AGUUGCAUUGUGGGAGACAGAUGAUUGACACAGCCGCCAUUUUGCUCCUGCUCUGCUUCCAUUGUGUGUGAGAGAUAGUAAAUAUCUGACACUGCCACACAACCACAACUCACUUGUAUCCUUGCGAAGAAAAAGCACUAAAUUCACCCCUGGUGAUACUUUGUCGUAAUGGCUCGUACUAAGCAGACUGCUCGUAAGUCCACUGGAGGAAAGGCUCCUCGUAAGCAGCUGGCCACCAAGGCUGCCCGCAAGAGCGCCCCCUCUACUGGUGGCGUCAAGAAGCCCCAUCGUUACAGGCCUGGUACCGUGGCUUUGAGAGAGAUCCGUCGGUACCAGAAGUCCACUGAGCUUCUGAUCCGUAAGCUGCCCUUCCAGCGCCUGGUGAGGGAGAUCGCUCAGGACUUCAAGACUGACCUGCGUUUCCAAAGUGCUGCCAUUGGAGCCCUGCAGGAGGCCAGUGAGGCGUACCUGGUGGGUCUCUUUGAGGACACUAACCUGUGUGCCAUCCAUGCCAAGCGUGUCACCAUCAUGCCCAAAGACAUCCAGCUGGCACGCCGCAUCCGUGGAGAGCGUGCUUAGACGGCCUCCCUAAUGUUUCACCCCUGUCCUGUUUUUCUUUACCUGCCCCUGUCCUCACUCCUUUAUUCUACCCCACGCACCCACCCACCCAUCCCUGUCACCUUCCCCUCCUGCCUGCCCAGCUUCUCAGUAGACUUUAGAGUAAUCCUGAUUAUGAAGAGAUAGAAAUAUGUUGAAGUCUGGUCUCUCAUAGGUUUUUGUCUUCACCAAAUGUUUUUAGGGUACCUUUUUUCGUGCAUGUAAAAGGUUUUGCAGAUCAGACGCACAUGUGCACACAUACUCAAACGUGUCAUGCAGUUUGUGAAGCCCACCCCUUGAGCUCACCUGGAUUCUUCCAGGGUGGGAAGCCAGCGGGUGUGGUUAGUGUGGCGAACAGAGCUGAAGCAGAGGGAUGUGGCCAAGGGGCUAGUCUGCUUAAGGGGAGCUGCAACUUCCACAGCAGGGUGCUAUUAAAGCUAGUCCUGAGGCCUCUGCCCCAUCUGAACACCCUCCCGCCAUGUCCACCUCCUGCAGCCCAACUCCACCCUCACACGGCUCGCUGUACCUCCUCACACCACCUCUUCACCUCUGUCACCUGCACUGGGAGGGGAUGGCGGCCUGUUGGUCUGUGUGUGUGUGUGUGUGUGUGUGUGGACGUGUAAGCUCUGAUCUUUCAAACCACUCGUACUCAACAAACAAGAAUCUUUUUGGUUGCUUCAGACUAUUGAUUUAUGUUGUGGAUAUGGUGUCUAUUUUUUUUACGCAUAUAAUUCAUGGAUGAGCAUCUCUACUCCUUACCACUUACAAAAUCAAGAAAUAAUAGAAAAAAGCAAUUCAUAUUGCCAACAUGGUUAUCAUUUAUUUUUUUAACUUUUUUUUUUUACAGUGAUCUGAUUCGCGAUAGAAAAUCAGGAAGGGCUUCUCUGUUUUCCAAGGCAACUUCUAUUCCAAUGGCAGCCACACGGGGGCGAUGGUUUACCAUCUCCUCUAUUCAAAUGUUCACUGUAGAUCAGUCAUGACACAUUAUGCUUCUUCUCUCUCUCUCUUUAUCUCUCUCCACAGAUAGGCUUUAGACUUGUCACAACAGUAUGAAUCGACAUUAUAGUGAAAGUCACACUCUGCAUGUUUAGGGUCUGUGUCUCUGCUCUGUAGAUCUGAACAUAUAUUCUGUCCCUUUCUCAAAAUUUGUGAUACACAAUAUAACCUCAUAUUUGUUUUCUUUUAUAUUUUUCUUAUUCCUCAAGAUUUUCAGACGUAUAAAUAAGCUGAUCUUUGUAUUUUCCAAAUUUCUCAUAUUAUGGUGGUAAUAAAUAGGUGUUAAACAAA